AUGUUAAAGAUGGUCUCUGACUGCUAUUGCAAAUGUGGAAUUCAGUGUGAUCCACGACGUGAAGACGAACUAGAAGUGGGAAAAAAGUUGUGGAAUGACGUGUCUUCCUCAAUAUCCAAGUAUGAUGACGUGAAUGUAACGCAAAAGAAUUACAAAACUGUGACAGCCUCAACUAUGAACAGUGCGAGUAGAUGGAUCGCAAAAGAAUCAGACAAAACUCAGUCUAUGGCAAAUAUACCGAUGAAACACAAGGAGUGCAAAUCUAAUUUCAGUAAUUUCAGCAUCACUGAUUCAAGCGUGCAUCAGAUAGGACAGUCUUAUCAGUGGCAAAUACAACCAGAGCCAACACUGCAGUCUACAGAAAUGAUUGAAUUGCAUGGGAAAGCAAUCCUGACAGAUAGAUGGCCAGAAGAAUCUGUUCAUACU